CUCCAGUCCCCUGGUCAUAUUAACCUCCUGUUAACCAGGAUUGCUGCAGAUGAGAAGAUGAGGAAGAUAUUUCGUAGUCUCCGUCCCGAAACUAGGGCGCUCGAACUUCAUGACAUCAAUGCCAUGGGACAAAAGCUUGCUUUCUAUUGGAUGGAGACAAGCAGCGGCAGUGUACUCCCUGAUCGUGUUCCAAUAGCUGGGGACGGGGAGGUAGACACAGUUCCAGACGAUAGGUGGGAGUUCGACAUCACGACGGAAGCUGGGCAUCAGCAGCUUAUGGCAGUUGUGGGUGAUGUCAAA